UCUGGCUUCGGUGCCGUGCGUGGGAAGGCGCGGGGCUGUCUCCGCCGUCGGGUGGGAGCGGCCGGUGCCCGCCGGGGCGAUGUCGGGCCGCCCGCCGCGGCAGGAGGAUGGAGAGAGCGCGGCGCUGCGCCACAAGGAGGAGCUGAGCCGGCGGAUUAAAGAGCAGAAGAUUGUAGUCGAUGAACUUUCUAAUUUGAAGAAGAACCGGAAAGUUUAUAAGCAGCAACCCAAUAGCAACAUAUUCUUCCUUGCAGACCGGACAGAAAUGCUGUCUCAGUGCAAAAAUACGUUAGAUGAAUUAAAGAAGGCACAUCAGGAGCUGGAAAAUUCAGAAAAGGCUAAAAUCAAGAAGUAGUUCAUGUGAAUUGCCCAUUGCAAUGUGUGGUAUUUGCUGUGUUGUUACCUUGUGCAGCCAGCGUGCGAUUCAUGAUUUCCUCAGUGAAGACAUCCUCUGCCUUCUGAGAAGAAGAGGACCAGACAGUAGCCAACAGUUGAUAAAAACUGUGACUGAUUUCUCUUAUCAAUGUCUGUUUUCAGGCCAUGUACUUCACUUGAGGGGGCUGCUGACUCCUCAGCCUCUGGAAGAUGCCAAUAACAAUAUUUUUCUUUGGAAUGGAGAAAUUUUCAGUGGAAUUCAUGUAGGAAAUCUAGAGAAUGAUACUGAAGUAAUAUUUCAUCAUCUGGCUUCAUGCAGCAGUGAAAUGGACAUUUUGUCACUCUUCUCAUCACUUCAGGGUCCCUGGUCUUUUA